AUGCCCUACGAGGAGGAUACCAACUCUUUCCUCUUCGGCCUCAACCAGUUCACAUCACCACCCGCAGACCAGCAGCGUGAAAGCGCCGGACACGGCGGUGCCACCGACAGCAUGCUCGCCGGUCUCGACGCCUUUGCUUCCGAUGAUCUCGGCGGCCCCGCCCGAGGCGAAGACGGAAGCCAGGCGCCUAACUUUGCCGAUCAGCUGGCGCUCUGGACCAACGCCAACUUCAGCUUCGAUGGACCUACCGGCCAUGCCCUCAUCGGCGACGAGGAAAAGGAAAAGGAGGAGGCCGAAAGCAACCGGCGUCGUGAGGAGGAGAACCGACGCAACGAGGCCGACGACCGAGAGAGGAUGGCACGCAACGCCGCAGCCAGUUCUCGCGGCGGAAACGCGGCGCGGGGCAAGGCCAGGGAGUUGGCGCCGCAUCCCAGCGACGCUCAACAUCACGAUCCGACGAGCCGUCCGCAGAACCUGGGACAUGCCGGUCCGAUGAUGCAGCAGCAGCAGCAGCAGCAGCAACAGCAACAGCAACAGCAGCAGCAGCAGCUGCGCAACUUUUUCGGCGCCCAGGCGCAGGCCAAGUCGCCUCCGGCUGCUGGAGAAAGCUUCAGCAGCGGCGACCACAGCCAAGCCUCGAGGAGCCAACAGAUUCCCAACAGCCACUUUAGCGCCGGACACCAGCAGCAGCUUCCUCAUGGCAGCCAGCCCAACCCCGCCGCCUCCACCGCCGCUGCUGCUGCCGGUUUCGCCCCCUUCUUUCCCGGUUUCGCUGGCUUCAAUCAGUUCGGCGGCAUGGCGCCAUUGCAGCAGACCACUGGUGCCAACCCGAUGGGCGGCCUGCCACAGCUCGAUAUGACGUCUGCGCUGGCGCUGCAACAUCUGCUGGCUAGCAACCCGCUGGCGCUAGCUAGUCUGGGCCAGCUUGCCGGAUUCUCGAACCCUCAGCUACAAGCACAUCUCGCAUCGCUGGCCGGCACCCCAAGCAUGGGCGGCGGGCUUGCUGCGUUCGGUCAGCCACCAGCCAUGCAUCCGUCGGCGCCUUCGCAAGUCUCCAACGCGUGGGAUCCCAACCAGCAGCAGCAGCAACAGCAGCAGCAACAGUCGCACCAGGCACUCCGGCAAGGUAGUGUCCCGAGCGCUUCGGGCAGCGUGGCAGGAUGGCCGCUGACACCGCAGCAGCAGCAAGCCAGAAACCUGCCUUCGACAUCGUCCACGGCCGGUCCGGCCGCUGUCGCUCCUGGUCCGAGCCCCUCAUCUUCAGACAGCAUCUUUGGCAGCGGCGCGCCGGCCGCCUCGGAUAGUCAUGCUGCCUCGAUCUCCUCGGCUGCCAUCUCACGCAAUGCCUCGAGCUCCCAUCUCGCCGGUCUGGCGGGCAGCAGCAGCGGCGGCAACACCAACGGCUCCGGCGACGCCGCUCAAUCUACCGAUCCCGUGCCCUCGAAAAAGAAGCGUGUCAGCAUGUCGAACGGGAAAAAGCCGGCCGCUGCCUCCGACGACAACUCAGACGACGGGUCCAACUCUGGUCUCAAGCACGACGACGAGAGGAAGUAUGACAUCCCGCCGCUGAAGUUGAUCGACACGGGCAACCCGGAGGCCGAUGCCGAGGCCAACCGUCUGGCAAUCGAAGAAGACAAGCGAAGAAGGAACACUGCCGCUAGCGCGCGCUUCCGCAUCAAGAAGAAGCAGCGGGAGGCCGCGCUCGAGCACACCGCAAAGGAGCUGCAGCAGCGCGUUGCCGACCUCGAGAGCGAAAACGCACGGCUGCGCACCGAAAACGGAUGGCUCAAGAGCCUGAUCACGGUGCAGCCCGGUCAGCAACCCGCUGGUCUCGACAGCGGCGGAGUCGCUUCCGCCGCGACUGGCGCCUCGCUGCCCUUCGGCCCGGUCGCGGGUCCGAGUCGCACCAGCGGUGGCAACCCCCCACUGCAACCAGCGACGCACACGCAGCCUGACCCGUCGUCGGACGUCGCCAGCGCAACCGCCGGCAACAGCCUCUCCACGUCGAGCCGGAGCGUGCAGGAGCAGGCAGAGAGGAAUAGCGGCCUCGUCCCCCGCGGCGUCGGCACGGGCGCCGAUCAGGCCAAGGAGGGCGGUGGUGCGGGCAAGCCCAACUCGGCUCCAAGUGGUGCUGCCUUGAAGAGAGAUCGCGAAGAGUGA